AACUCGUCGACCCAGUGGCUUCAUCGGAUUGAGGAGCAUACUUCUGCAGUCAAGGCCCUUGCAUGGUGUCCAUUCCAAAGCAACUUACUCGCAACCGGUGGAGGCGGUGGUGAUCGCUGCAUAAAGUUUUGGAAUACCCAUACUGGCGCAUGUUUGAAUUCUGUUGAUACUGGUUCUCAAGUCUGUGCUCUGCUGUGGAAUAAAAAUGAGAGAGAGCUGCUCAGCUCUCAUGGGUUCUCCCAAAACCAGCUCACGGUUUGGAAAUAUCCUUCAAUGGUGAAGAUGGGAGAGCUCACUGGCCAUACAUCAAGGGUUCUCUUUAUGGCGCAGAGUCCAGAUGGGUGCACUGUAGCUACAGCAGCAGCAGAUGAAACAUUAAGAUUCUGGAAUGUUUUUGGGACUCCAGAAGUUGCUAAACCUGCUUCAAAAUCCUAUAAUACGGAGCCCUUUGCUAACGUCAACCGCAUUAGAUAAAUUAUGUGUAUGUACAUAACUUAAUAUUUUCUUGUUUAUAUACAUUACAACUAGGGAAGGCCUGUGAUUGGGUCGAUAAAGAAUUAUGGUUACAACAUUUUGUUGUGUUUCUUAUGACAUAAGAGAUCCAUAUAGAGUAUUUGAAAUCCAAUCUUUACGAAUAAA